UUCAACAAUGGCAUCCUUAACAAAAAUACUUUUAUUUAUCUUAUCCAGUUGUUACAUCCUAAGCGUGGCAUUAGCCAACGCUCCAAUUUCGCGAUCAUCUCGAAGAAUCCACAUCCCAUUUUUGGGCUUAGGCCCACGCUGCACUGGUUGUCCCCCGCAUUACUGUGACGACGACCCGGCCAUCAUUCACGGCUAUUGUUGCGGAUGUGCUAGAUUUUUUGACGUGCUACCUGUCAAGUGUGGAGCUUUCGUGGAUUGUCCUCUGAAUACUUAUGAUUUAUGUGAAGAUUACGAGUAUAUGAUGUAUUGUUGUUGUGAAUGAUUUCACCGAUUUGGAUUUAUUAAAAAUUUGGC